AUCGCAUUCAUGAGCAAUAAAAAAAAGCACCCUCUUUCAUUGUUCGAUCAAACCCACCAUUUCCUCAAUGUAAUCCGUCCUCCAAAAGCGAGCCACUCCUCAGAAAACCUCAAGAAUAUAACAACAAAAGAGCAAACAAGAGAACCAGAUCUUGAUGGUGAAGUGCUUCAGCCUUGCAGCGAUAUGGAACCGAUGGUUUCGCUUCUCCUUUUCCCGGGCCGGCCUGAAAUCGACCACCACCGACCUCGGCGACGGCACCGUCAUGCACUGCUGGGUCCCCAAGACGUACAAGCCCAACAAGCCCAACUCGCUCCUCUUGCACGGCCUCGGAGCCAACGCGAUGUGGCAGUGGAACGAGUUCAUCUCGCCCUUCAUCGCUAGAUUCAACGUGUACGUGCCUGAUCUCUUGUUCUUCGGCGACUCCUACACGGCCCGGCCCGAGCGGACCGAGCAGUUUCAGGCUCAGUGCGUCGCAGGAGUCUUGGAGGCUCAGGCAGUGAGGAAGACGAACGUGGUGGGGAUAAGUUACGGCGGGUUCGUGGCGUAUAGCUUGGCGGCGCAGUUCCCGGAGAUGGUGGAGAAGUUGGUUCUGUGCUGUGCAGGGGUUUGUAUGGAGGAGAAGGACAUGGAGGAUGGUAUGUUUCAGGUGAAGAGUCUGGACGAGGCCCUGAGUUUCCUGUUACCGCAGACGCCGGAGAAGAUGAAGGAGAUGUUCGAGGUCGUCUUUUACAAACCGGCAACGAAAAUGCCCACUUGGAUUAUGAAGGAUUUCAUUGAUGUUAUGUGGAAGGAGUACCUUCAAGAAAGGACAGGGCUGGUCAAUGCCUUGUACAAAGAUAGGAAGAUGUCUAAUCUUCCCAAAAUAACUCAGCCAGCACUGAUAAUCUGGGGGGAAUAUGAUAAAGUCUUUCCAUUGGAAUUGGGUCACAGAUUAAAGAGGCAUAUGGAUGAUAACGGGCAGUUAGUGGUUAUAAAGGAUUGUGGUCAUGCGAUAAAUAAAGAGAAGCCAAAACAGAUGUACAAACACAUCAAGGCAUUCCUCAUCGAUCCACUCCUUUCACCUAAGAAGGAAAAUCAAACCAGUGGCCAGAAGGUGGACUGAGAGUCGGCAAUGAAUUCAUGAUUGAAUCAGGCUUCUGCAGCUUGCUUGUCCAAAUUUUAUAUAGGAUGUACAUAUAUAUGAUUAAUUUAAGCUGUGUAAUCAGAAGAAAAAUAGUUCAACAAAAUUGAAUUUAUGAAGAGUAGGGUCGAUAGUAUGGGGAAAUCUUCUUGUUUCCUUGAGAUAUUGUGGUACAGACCAAUUUUUCUGGUUCAUCAUGAAUUUUUCCAGAUAAGUGUUGCAACGUUUGCUUGUAAUGCUGUUUUCACGGUACACGAAGCAAAUUUAUGCCAUUAUGAUGAA